UAAGCAUGAACUGAGUCUACAGACUAAUAUCUGUUAUAUUUUAUUUUUUGCGAUCAUCGGAGUGCCACACCACACCGGAGAAAUGUAUCCAAAACGCGAAGUUUUGAUCAUAUUAUUCCUCAUAUUUAUAUUUCGAUUUGGAGAAUCAGGAAAGUUACAUGUUGUGAAGAUUACAGACAAGAAUUGGUCAAGGACGCUGGAAGGAGAAUGGCUCAUCAAAUUUUAUGCUCCAUGGUGUCCUGCAUGCAAGUCCAUUAUGCCUGUUUGGAAGGAGCUGUCUGAUUGGAGUCAAGAACUUAACACCAACAUUGCUGAGGUUGAUGUUACAGAGGAACCAGGAUUGAGUGGACGUUUUGCAGUUACAUCCUUGCCAACAAUCUUCCAUUCCAAAGAUGGAAUUUUCAGAAGAUAUCUUGGACCGCGCACCAAAGAUGAUCUCAUUAGUCUUGUGGAAGAGAAAAAAUAUGAGGAAAUUGAACCUGUAGCUGGGUGGCAGUCUCCAAACUCUAUUCCUAUGUCAAUUCUAUCUUGGGUCUUUAAGAUGUCAAUGCUUGUAAGGGUUACCCAUACAAUACUAACAGAAGAGUAUGGCUUUCCCACUUGGAGCUCUUAUGGGUUUUUUGCAGUGAUGACAGUUAUGCUUGGUUUAGUACUAGGAAUGAUCCUAGUGGUGAUAGCAGACUUCUUUUGCCCUGUGAAACCCCCAAAGCGAGAAACUCCAGAAGCCCCACUAUCGCAGCACGAAGACAUUUCAGAGGAAAGGAAAAAAGAAGAAGAGGAUAAUGAAGAAGUUAAGGAUGAAGUUAAGGAUGAAGAGAGUAGUGGUGAUCAGACAGUCCGGAAAAGAAAAUUAGACAAGAACAAUACACAGUCAGAAACAACAUCAUAAGUCAUUUUUUCCCCAGGUACAUGUAUGUGUCAUUUUUUAUCCAUUUAUGAACUAUUUUUGUAAUAAUGGGUUUCCUGGUGGCACAUAAAAUGGAAGAACAGCUCUGAUGAUGCGUCAUUGCCCAUCAAUAAUUUGUAGACAUUUGCAUUUGAUCUCAGCUAUGGAUUUUUACUGAGAAUUUGAUCUAUAAAAGAAACUUUUCCAUUUUGAAAGGAAAUCUCUCCCAUUUGAGACAGUUUUUAUAGCUUUGUUUUUCGCUUUCCAGGGCCUGGUAACACGAAGGUUAGCAUGUGAUCAUAAAAGGUGAUUUGUAAGAUAGAUGAUGUACAGUCAUAUAUGUCUGAUCAAUUGCUAGGAUUUGUGUUCAGGGCCCUAGAACAUCGAACUUUUUUUAUGAUGAAACUUUGGAAGGUAUUGUUGCCUAGAAGCGGUGAUUUUUUUUUUUGCUUUUCUUUCAACUAAGUAGACUCUUUUUUUUUUGCUUUGUAGCCUUAAAUGGUUGUUUUUUCCUGUGCUUUAAAAGCUUUAUAUCAACUCAAUAUUAGUAAUGUUAUAUAUAACUAUAGCAACUUCAUGUUGAUUGUUCAGUGAAUUAAAGUUACCUUCUGCAAUGAUAUUCUGCACAAUAGCUUUUUGAUAUGGCUAAUCACUUUAAUCAUUUGCUAAUCAAUAAGUUAAUAGAGUUUGAUUAACUUUCCUUCAUGGAAUACUUAUAAUGUUUUAAGCCCAGAUUGGUAGAGGUUCUUAAAAUUUUCAUGUAGAUAAAAAUGAAGAGCAAGAACAUGUUUAUGCAGUUUGCAUGUGGAUAUUAAUAACAGAAUUGCAGUGAAAUACGUUGUAGCCCAGGGGCAGCACCAUUUCAUUUUGAGGGGGGGGGGAUAGAAAGACUAAAAGUGACAUCAGACUUUCUUCAAUUGAAUAAUAGGUAUGUUAUAGUUCACUCACACCUGUCUUUUUAUACCUUCCUUUCUCCUUUUUAUUUCCCUUUCCUCCUCUUUUUUCUACCCCCCCCCUAGUUCUUUUCUUGUUUCAUUAACUACACGUACUUGUGAAAGUCAUAGGCUAAUUGUCACUCCUGCUGCCCCCCCCCCCCCCCCGGCACCGCCCCUGCUGUUGCCAAUUUUCAUGAGUAUUGCUUCUUCCGUUUUGUGAUAUUUCAUUGAAAGUUCUUUCAUAAGCAAUUCUCAAAAAUCAUGCACCUAUACGUACAUAUAAGCAGUGGGGACUUCCAUAACAGGUAACUAUACAUAUUAAAGUCUAAUAUUUUGGGACAGCAGAAUCGGUUUGACUGGGGAAAAAUUUUACGUAAAAGAAUUAUAUUGCUGUAUUAUUAUUGCACAUGUUUUGCAUAAUCUGAUCGAAAAGAAUCAUUUUGACGCAUAUUCGACUUAGGAAAAGUCAACUUGAGCAAGUUUACCUAUAUUACCUAUUUCCAUUGCCCUCAUUGACAUCAUAUGUGCAAUUUUUUUUUAUAUGAUUGUUUGGAUGGGUUACAUGUUCUGUAAGUAUGCAAAUGUUAUUCCUGUUAAAAGGAAUUGUGUAGUUUAUAUGUGUAUUUCCUAUUGUAGCACUAGUUAGUGUAAUUUUUUCAUUCUAAUUCUUAGUUCAUUAUUCUUUCUGAAUUUAAUUCAAUCAUGUAUAUAAAUUUGUAUAAUGCUUCUAAAUUUGAAAGGGAUUAUUUUGCUAUUUGGUGAGACCAGAAAAAGGACUUUUGGAAUGGAGAAAGAACAGGAGACAAACUACUAAUGUGUAUAUGAGGAUGUGGGUGGAUAUGUUUGCAUCAGAGAGUGUGUGUUUAGUAUUCUACCUUCACAUGUGGUAAAAUCCUGCAAAAAGCGAAUGAUUAACAAGUCUAGCUACCUUUUAAAAUUCAGUGUUCUAUUGUAGAAUUCAUCCAAUUUGAGGAAAGAAUGAUCGCAUCCCCCCUGACCUCUUGUUUCUUUGUCUUUUCCUUUUUUUCUCUUUCUCUCAUUUAAUUUCAUCUUCUUUCCCCAUUUGAACAUUUUUCAUCUCUUCAUUCCCUGGUUUGGACUCACCGCGUGUUCGAUCAUAUAUCUGUUUCCAAGUUGUCAAUACCAUUUUACAAUUGUCUUUACAUGUUUUCUCAUGCACAUGCACUGUGGUGUGCUCUGUAGAAGUUUUAAGUAAUAUGUUAUCAGCAUUUUGUCAGUCAUGUUCAUGUAUCUGAAAUAAUGAAUGAUCAUUGUCUUCCCCUUUUUUUGGAAGGAAAAUAUGAACAAAUUGAAAUGAAACA